CUAUGGUACAAAUCUGGAAUUACACCGGGGGAUUUCAACGCUUCUUUGUUAUUCCUCCGUCUGGCCGCAGAGCCGCGCAGCCCGAUCGCCGUCGACAACCGCUACCAUCUCUUUUCAUAGUCGCCAUCACAGCUCCUAUUCCGCAGCAUCAUUUUGACCGCAAAAAAUUUCUUGACCUCCUCACCACUCCUCUUUUGCUUCUUUUUUUUCUUGAACGCACUCGCCCUCGCCUCCGCUUAACCACCUGACCCUGACGAUCGGCGGACGUUUAUGUGGCGAAUCGAGUUGUAAAAACCGUGUGAACUGCGGCUGGAAUAAGGAAUUGCGGAACUGCGUCACAGACGCGACUUUGAAUUCUACGAACGGUGUCCUGCAGAAGAAAAGCACCGGGAGCUUUUCGAAGGCCCUGCGGCUAUAAUGUGAGCGGUUGAAUUUGUGAAAAGAAAUAUCACUUUGAAGUUGUUUCACUAAUUCAUUUUGGAUUGGAGUUUUAAAUUAAUUCUGCAUAUCUACUUGUUUUUCAAUCAUAAUUUUCUGUGAUAAUGUCAUUGACUAUCAUAUUAAAAUUUUCCACAGCCCUGUCUGAAAAACUUGAUUCUGGGCAAUGUUGAAUUCUCUAUCUCUGUUGAAGUUCACCCCUUUGAUUUGUGUUUAGCGUUUGCAUUUAGCUAGAUAUUGGAGAAGCUCUGCAGCAUAUUUUGGUUGUGGGAGGAGUUGCAGAGUAAAAUUGUUUUUUAUAGUUUUUCUUUCAGUUGCAAUGAGUGCAUCUCCAACAAGAAGUGUUGGGUUGCCUCUGAUCAAUAUCCUCAGGCUAAAAGGAGUGCCCAUUCUGCAACAAUUGCACUUGGAGGAGAGACUGCUGAGGACCACUUCUGAUAACUGGUUCAUCAUUAAUGAUGGAACAAUUGAUCCGACCAUUGUAAUGGGUAUCUCCGGGAAGCCCAAGGAACUUAUCCACAUCGACUCUGUUAUAAGAGAUGAUGUUCCAGUCAUUCGAAGAUUUACUGGAGGUGGUACUGUUAUUGUUGAUCAGGCCACAAUUUUUGUAACAUUUAUAUGCAAUAAAGGUGCGGUUCCAGAUUUGCAAUCCUAUCCUAAGCCCAUCAUGUCAUGGAGCAGCUUAAUCUAUGAGAAAGUAUUUCAAGGAAUUGGUGAUUUCAGACUGCACGAAAAUGAUUACAUACUUGGCAACCGCAAGUUUGGUGGAAAUGCCCAAUCGAUUAUAAAAAAUAGGUGGGUUCAUCAUACAUCCUUUCUGUGGGAUUAUCAGAAGAGUAAUAUGGGCUACCUCAAGAUGCCAAAACGCGCUCCUAAGUAUAGACAGGAAAGGGAUCAUUUGGAGUUCAUUUGCCGUAUGAAAGACUAUAUAUCAAGGUCAAAUUUCAUAGAUAGAACCAUUGAUGCAGUAGGCAACCAUUUUGUGUUAAAAUCUGAAGACCUGGAAGAUGCCCAAAAUCAUUUAAGCUCAAACUUUGCACCCACAAGUAGGCUUCUGACAAGGGAAGAAUUGGAAAGAGACUUAGAGUUGGAGAGAACGACUUCCAACUCCUUGAUGGAUGAUGCUGCUCUAAUCUCCUAACUACAAUGUUACUACUUACUACACUGGUAUGGUUUAUCUAUCCUAAUAAAUCUAAAUAUUAUGUGCUAGAUUAUUUAUUGUGCGCCAGAAAAGUAUUGCACAUCGGACAUUUUCGUAUGCCUAAAUUUUUGUAUGAACAAUUUGUAUGUUGAAUAAUGAAUUGUGGAAAAUGGCAAAACUUUUUUCUGGGAUCGAUGAUAA